AUGAGGUCAAGUACAGUACCUUGUGAGUUCUUAGCAGGCACAGCAUUCCAGCCAUCCCAAGAAUCUGAUACACAAGUCAUUUCGAACUAUGUACGUUAUUUCCUCCACCAACACAGAAUCCAGCUUGGACAACCAGCUAUUGUUAAAGUUGCAGCCAACUUGAUUAGGUUGCUAGCUUAUCAGAACAAGAACAUGUUGCAAGCUGGCAUGAUUGUUGGAGGAUGGGAUAAGUAUGAGGGAGGCCAAAUUUUCUCGGUCCCUCUUGGUGGAACGAUCUUGAAGCAACCAUUUACAAUUGGAGGUUCAGGUUCCAGUUACCUUUAUGCCCUUCUUGAUCAUGAAUGGAAAGAGGGAAUGAGCUAG